UUUUCUCCCGUUCAUUCAGAAUAAAGGAGAGGAGGGAAGCUAUUGUGGCUAGCCGCAAUUCACUGAGACAGUCACCAGCACAAACAGAAUCUGUGAGAAAAUAAAUUAAUGUUUUGAAUUUGACGCCCUGAGAGACCUAGUACUGAUAAAGAAAUGAUCAGACGAGUGGUACGACAGAGUAAAUUCCGUCAUGUGUUUGGUCAGGCGGUGAAGAAUGACCAGUGCUAUGAUGACAUUAGGGUUUCGCGGGUUACCUGGGACAGUGCCUUCUGUGCAGUAAACCCCAAAUUUGUUGCUAUUAUUGUAGAGGCUAGUGGGGGUGGAGCUUUCCUUGUUCUACCUCUGCAAAAGACAGGUCGUAUUGACAAGGCCUACCCCACUGUUUGUGGUCACACGGGCCCUGUGCUGGACAUCGACUGGUGCCCGAACAAUGAUCACGUCAUUGCCAGCGGCUCUGAAGAUUGUACAGUAAUGGUGUGGCAAAUCCCUGAGAACGGCCUCACCUCACCUCUUUCUGAGCCAGCCGUGGUGUUGGAGGGUCACUCCAAAAGGGUGGGCAUUGUGACGUGGCAUCCAACAGCUCGCAAUGUUCUGCUAAGUGCGGGAUGCGAUAAUCUCAUCAUCGUUUGGAACGUGGGCACAGGAGAAGCUCUGAUCAACCUGGAGGACAUGCAUCCUGACGUGAUCUUCAGUGUGUGCUGGAGUCGCAACGGCAGCCUCAUUUGUACCGCAUGCAAGGAUAAGAAAGUGCGCGUUAUCGAUCCACGCAAGGGCAAGAUCACUGCAGAGAAGGAUAAGGCCCAUGAGGGUGCCCGGCCCAUGAGGGCCAUCUUCCUGGCUGAUGGAAACAUCUUCACCACCGGCUUCAGUCGUAUGAGUGAGCGGCAGCUGGCCUUAUGGAAUCCAAAAAACAUGGAAGAGCCAAUAUCAGUGCACGAAAUGGACACCAGCAAUGGGGUGUUGCUUCCCUUUUAUGACCCUGACACUAAUGUGGUCUACCUGUGUGGAAAGGGUGACAGCAGUAUCCGUUAUUUUGAGAUCACAGACGAGGCACCGUAUGUGCACUACCUCAACACGUUUUCCAGCAAGGAACCUCAGAGAGGCAUGGGAUACAUGCCUAAAAGAGGCCUAGACGUCAACAAGUGCGAGAUAGCCAGGUUUUAUAAACUUCAUGAGAGAAAGUGUGAGCCAAUUAUCAUGACCGUCCCUAGAAAGUCAGACCUCUUCCAGGACGACCUCUAUCCGGACACAGCAGGUCCAGACCCGGCGCUAGAGGCUGAGGAGUGGUUCGAAGGCAAGAAUGGCGAACCAAUCCUGAUCUCGCUCAAACAUGGUUAUGUCCCGGGCAAGAACCGUGACCUCAAAGUAGUCAAGAAAAAUCUGCUGGAUAACAAGGCAACCAAGAAGGUGGAGGAGCCAGCAACUCCUCAGAAACCUGCCUCUCCUCAGCUAACCAGAAAGAAUGAAGUGAAGUUAGAGGAGCUGUUGCGAGAAGUCAAGUCCCUUAGAGAUCUGGUCACGCUGCAGGACAGGAGAAUCGCCAAACUGGAAGAGCAGGUGGCUAAAGUGGCAAUCUAAGACACUGGUGGUGGUCUGAGCCAUAGCGUCAGUAAGGAGAGAAAGAGAGAGAUUCAGGUGGGCAGGGGAGGUCAGUCACUGCCAAAAUUUCUCAAUUUGACUCGAUCAUUCCGCUUGGUGUUUCUCACAUGGACAACUUCAAGCAACAUUCCAAGAUGGACUUUUACUUUUUGUCAAGUCUCCCCCAAGCAUUCGCAUAACAGAAGCAUAAUUGUGGCAAAGAGCGCUCACUGGUUUUAACUGAUGUUUUACAUUUUGUUAAAAAUGUUCUUACUUUUUUAGUUAUUGUAACAUUGUUUCCAUGAGUAUUCUGAUAUUUACCAGUAUGUUACAGAGUGUCAUUGUAUAUACAAAUCAGUAUUUCUCUUUCCUUUUUUGUUGUGCUGCCAAAUUUGAGGUGAUGAUGGUCGCCUCUCCUUUUAUUUCUACUUUUAUAUGUUUUUCCCAGUUGUAGAUAGUGGCUUAUUGAAAAACAUGAAUUUACAUGUCAUACUAUUCAAAGUGGGACAUAAGAAGAAAAGGCAGUAACGUGUGAUUGUAAAGGCCAUUGGUACUUCAUAAACGAAUCAUUGGUGAUGAUACGGAUAUGAUUUAAGGCUGGCCCACAUGAUCAUAAACAUGAUGAUAAAAAACAUAAUUUCAACCGAUUCCAUUCACAAAAACCAAAAAAAAACAAAAAACUGAUCCCAACCGAGAACACUGGAAAUCUCGCAAAAUCUUAAAAUGUGCUUUGAACCAAUCGGAUUGCUUAGGUCCUAAGGUGGGACUCAUCUCUUCACCACACCGGCAGCUCGAUUUCUGAUUUUGUAUCAUUUCGUUCCAAGUUACAAUCUACAGAGUGCAUGCGUGUGUGUCUUUGGGAUUCCCCUCACACAACAGAACUUCUGAUCGUAUUGGAUACUUCUUGGAUAUUUACGAUUUGAGAUCAGUGUGGUCCCGAGCAGAUUCAAUCACCCUUAACGCACCUCACACCACAAGAAAAUCUGAUAAGAUAAUCUGUCAAUAAUCUGUCGGAUAAUCAGGACUUUACCGGGGAUUGUCGGAAGAGGAGAAUUGGGCCCAAAAUCGGCCCAAUUAUCUUGUAGUGUUUGGGUUUUCUAGUGAAACCUAAGAAAUGCCCAUAACCAUUAAAGUUCAAUAUUUCGGAUUUUAAAAUCGGUCCAUAUACUGUUCAUUGCGAUGAUCAUGACCACUGAAGUAUUAAGCACAUUGUCUUCUCCUCCAUUGCCUGGCUGUGAGAUCAUCAUAAUUGAUUAUAAAGCAUCCACCAACAGGGUUUUUCAAAAUAUAACACAAUCAGUUACAGUUUAUCCAGAAGCAAUAACGGUAACGUUGCAGAAUGAAUGUGAACUUAAACCUGUACUUGUUCAAAAUAUAUUAAUCAUGCAUAGGCAUCAUAAAUCAAAAACCUACCGCUGUAACUUUAUAGUAAUUAUGAAAUUACUGUUGCACCUCAGGAAAUCAAACACUUUUAAGUCAGAAACAUUGGAUGCUCAAUACUUGCCAUUUGCAUGACUUUAUUUGUCCACAGAAAUAGUAUCAAAUGGCUUUUUUUUUUUUGUUGCUAUCAUUAUCUAUGUUUGCCCCCACUUUUGAAUUAUUCAUCAUGUUUCAGAAUAUUGGACUGACACAUGCUCUGAUACAUGAACUUGGCUUUACGAGGCAGUGGCUACCUGCGAGCUCUUCUGAUGUAUAUGUACUGUAAAUGUAUUGGUGCCUCUAUGUGUGUUUCUGGUUUUAGACAGACCUCCUCAGUUGACCACUGCUGGAGGACAUCAUCCAUGGAUCUGAGCACUUAUCUGUGUCCUAAACAGUCUUGUGCAUGCAUUCCAAACUUCACCUACAAUAAAAAAGGUUGACACUACAAUAAAUCCUUUCAUUAAUAUUUCUUCA